CAGAAGGCGAGAAUAGCGAAGCCGUGGGUGAGGUGUCUUGGCGAUAAUUUACAAAAAGAUGGCGGCCUGGUGAAUUGGCUCCUUUCUGGGCACAUCUGUAGGGGUUCUGUUACUUAAAUACACCUAGUCCUUCGAGGAACAUUCAGCCCAGACUUCGCCUGCAAUGUACUGUUUGCAAAGCUAGAAAUUUCACAAUGUCUUGGCGCAAAGGAAUGGUAACGCAUUCGAAAUUCCGCAAUGUUUAUGGCGAACCGUAUCGCAAGGACAAAUGCUAUGAAAAUGUCAGAUUUACGAAAAACGCCUGGGAUGGCACAUAUUGUGCUGUGAACCCGAAAUUUCUUGCAGUCGUAUUGGAUACAAGCGGAGCCGGUGGUGCAUUUCUUGUCAUUCCUUUAGAAAAGGUAAAAAAAGGAAACAUAUCUUGUAAAAUACACUACACAAAUAUAAUAAAUUGAGUCUUGUCUAGAAUAUGAAAAUACAAAGCAGAUGUUUUGGUAUUGUUUUACACAUCAUAAAGCCACAUACUGCCGCAUUUUAAUCGAUUUUCUUUUAAUAUAUUAACAUUAACUUCAGUUCCUAAUGAUAGUGCGUUUAGUAAUCGUGUUUUAACGAGUGUCAUUUUAUGUACAAAUUUGAUAUAUUUUACUGCAGGGAAAAUCCACAAUUCGCUUUUGACAAAGCUGUGUUUACACAAUUGUAUUUAAAUUGGUCUUAAAGUAUUUCCAAAUGCCCGUUUUAUAUCUUUAUCCGUGGUUUAUCAUGAUAAGCAUUUAUUAAUUUAACGAAAACAAGGCGUAUUGGCCAAAGCAUAAAAAUACUCGAAGCGAAUGAUUCGCUUGAAAGAGACCCGUCAGAUUUUAGCCAUAGGCAACUCCGAAUGUAUUCAAGAGUUCUGACAUUUGUGUGUAAAUUUUGUACGAAAAACGUAAAUAAACACUACCUCCGUGAAAGCAAAUACAAGCAGCGCUUGUUGUUUGUUUUUCAAAGACCAUAUCAAGUGUCAAAUGAAUUAUUUUGGGCGGAAAUAUUCGUUCCAAACUUGGUAGUUUUGUUGGCAUACGCCCACGCCAACCACUUGACACGUUAGUCACACUUAAAGUUUUUUCCUGUAAGAAUCUUGACAUCUUGUAAGAAUCUCCGUACAUUAAUAUAGUGAGCUCUUUAUUUGUUUGUAAUAGUGUAAUUAAACCUUCAAAAGCGUUUGUGAAAUCGGUGUGGAUAUAAAAAUGAUUUUAUUUUAUAUAAAUUUAUGUAAAUUGCCAUGUUUUUUAUGUAUAAUUUAGAAUAACAAAUAUCUCGCAUUCCCUAAAUGCAAGAGCAAUAUGAAAUCUUGGGGAUUUUAAGUGCCCCACCCCACCCUGUCCUUGCAAUGUCCAAUAUUACAAUUCAUCACUUUUCCUGAAAAGCCACUAUAAAGUCAUCAACAUUGUACUACCAGGGGGGGGGGGGGUUAAAUAUGCUGUCCAUGUCAAUUCUUGCUGGAAUGUAGUUGCCACAAGACAUAACAGGGAGGGGAUAGCUUAUAAUGAACAUUUGAUUCCAAGAAAGGGAGGGGAGUCUUCAGAAAGGGGGUUAACUUCUUGUGAGGGAGACACUAACAUUAAAAUACUUGUAAUGGUAAAAAAAAAUACUACCUGUGGUUCCUGACCGACCCUAUUUUUUUCUGCUGACCCUAUUAUUUUUUCAAUGCGAUUGACUGUGCGACCCUAUUUUUUCCUGCCCGUUCAACGCACCAAAAUGGUGUCUGUUGUCACACUAAUUAUUGAACCAAAUUCUUAAUUGCCUAAAUUCAUCCAUAGGAAAUAUGCAUCUCUAGUUAAUAUUGAUGUCGGGACUCUACUGCAAAUCGCCCAGCAAAAAACCACCAAACCCAUGAAAAAAUAUUCAAAAAAAUUUAUUUCCAACCUACCGAUCCUAAUUUUUUCACGAUAUGAAACCGGAACCACGGGUAUUUUUUUAGGCCUAGGGAAAAUAGAGAUAUAGUGGUAAUGUAGGGAUAGUAGAGGACAUUCAGUGGUGCACAAUGGUGCUAUGACUAAGAAUUUGUAAGGAAGUUAUCUGCCAUUGCACAUGACAUCACCUUGACUCCGUCAAUUGACAUUUUGACUUUAGCAUAAAAUCUGUAUCAGGUAGAUUGUUGCACAAAUAAUCAGUAAUCAAUAAUUCACAAUUGUAGCACAAUUGGUCAAGCACUACAUGCAGCCCCAAGCUUUGUAAGAUUGUACAAACAUAAAAAAUUUUCACUUUCCCUGACAUACAUAUGUUGGUUUCCUUCCAUAAAGGUUGGUCAUCAAAAACUAGGUGAUCCUCGUGUUGCUGGACACCAACGUGAAAUUCUCGACAUCCAAUGGAAUCCAUUUAACGAUCACAUCAUCGCCUCCGCAUCUGAAGAUUGCACGAUCAAAAUAUGGCGGAUACCGUCCGGCGGGUUAACCGAGGAUCUCCUUGAACCCUUGGUUGACUUGCGUGGACAUCAGCGAAAAGUUGGUAUCGUUAGAUGGCAUCCAACAGCCAAUGGAAUCAUUGCUAGUGCAGCAUUUGAUUUUAAAGUGAUUAUAUGGAAUGCGUUAAAAGCAAAAUCUCUGUGCGUCAUAGACUGUCAUCGCGAUACCAUAUUUGAUCUGGCAUUUAACUAUGAUGGUAGCCGGAUAGCGACAACCAGCAAGGAUAAGAAAAUACGCAUUAUCCAUGCUCGUACUGGCAAGCUUUUACAGGUGCCGAUGAAAUACAUUAUAUUAUAUUAAACUGAUAUGUACAAAUAUAAUCAUGACAAAUUUCAAAUAUCUUAAUACCAUAUAGUCUUUUUGGCAUGUUCAAAUAUUAUGGUAGUUCAUAAAACGCCUAAUUUUGCACCCUAUGAAUUCAAAUUGUAUUUUAAGCCUUCCAUAUUUGUGCGCAAGCCAUUUUUAUAGUGCUUUUUAAAAACAACCUGCGUUUGAAAAUUUACUUUUCAAAAUAAUUUUAGUGGUAAAGGUACUAGCAGACCCCAAACUACCCAUAUGCUUGCAUAAAGUGUUCACAAAUUUUGCAGAAUUUGCGAUUUAGCAAACAUUUUUGAACUGUGCAUCUUAUACACCCUGUGGUUGCAUUUUUCCUGUUUAGGUCUAAAAUUGUGAGAAACUUACAUUUGAAAAUUGCAUCCAACGGCCAAACAACCCAUCUGCUAUUAGUUCUCUUAAACUACUGGAGGCUCAAAAUCACGAUAUUUAAUACCCUCCCAUUAUUAAUAUCAUGGAUGUUCAUGUUGGUUUGGUAAACUUGUUAUUCACUGUGUUUUGGUACAUUAAUAACCCCCUCUGUUAAUCCUCUCCUAAAUAAAACAUUAUAUACCACUGUUGCCAUUAUCUAGCAAUUUGCUGGCCAUGCAAGUCCAAAGACCUCUCAUGUGGCAUUUACUGAUGACCAAAGCGAUCAUGUAGUUAGCAGUGGUUUCUCAACUUCAGGAUCUAGAGAGAUUUCAUUAUGGGACUUAGUAAGUAAUAAAGAAUUAUUGUACUAUCAAAACUCUGGUAUGUCAAUAAAUUAUAUUAUAUAUAUCAUGACAUACAUCCAUUGACAGGCUUUCAAAACAAGCUGGCGGAUUUUUGUUUAGCUUUAGUACUUGAAAUAUCAAUUCUGCUCUCCUUCCACUCUAAGCUUUCAAACUCUAAGCUUUCUACUUUAUAUAUUAGAAUGUUAGGGUUUGUAAUCCAAGUGAGAAUAUAUACAUUUUAAGACCUAACCAGGAACGACUGCGCAAAAUGCAAAUCGCAAGGCCGUAGGUUCAAUUCCUACCAGAGGACCUUGUGCUGCAUUUUUCGCAGUCGUUCUUGGUUGGUUAGGUCUUAAAAUGUAUAUAAUCUCACUUGGAUUACAAACCAUAACAUUCUAAUAUUAAUUCCACCAAGUGAAGUGCAAAGAAUAAAGAUAAUUGAAGUCUACUUUAUAUAGCCUAGUAACGUUAUUUUCGAAAACGACGGACUGUUUUGUAAAACUGAUUUAGUUAUUUGCUAUCUUAAAUCUUGAAGAUAUCUUGUUGAAGAAUGAAAGUAUACAUUAUACAUGAUGAUUUGGUUACAGAGCUUAAUUGUGUUGCUAUCUUAUUGUUUCAGAACAAGUCAUCAUCUCCAGUUCAAACCGAUUCAAUAGACAAUUCUUCAAGUAUAUUGAUGUUACAUUAUGACAUGGACAUUAAAGUUGCUUAUGUUGCUGGAAAGGUAUUUUUACAAAAGCCUGGUUCACAUAUGCCUGCGGUAUCAUUGUUUACAGCUGUUGAUGCAUACAUUCUUUUGUGAAUUAUUUGGUUGAACUGCUAACGGCAAUAGCCCACCGACAUACCGCGGGUAUAUGUGAAGGAAAGUUCCCCCUUAAAUAUACCAGCAUAAGUUCUAAACAAACUGGUCCCUGGAUUAUAAUCACACCUAGGAAUAAUUAGAGUAUUAUGUUUGCGAUGUUACUCUGAGUGCAUAUCCACACCGGGCGAGCUUAAAAAAUAUGCCCGGCCACGGUGGGAUUCGAACCUACGACCUUUGGAAUACUAGCCCAAUGCUCUUCCAACUGAGCUACGCGGUCAGGACGGUUCGAGUAAGUGAUAUUUCGGAACAGUAUCUAGUUCCUUCAAUACCAAUGUGUUCUAGUAAAAAUAAAAAAAAACCCAAAAAAAAACAACAAAAAAAUACAUAUUACUAGAACACAUUGGUAUUGAAGGAACUAGAUACUGUUCCGAAAUAUCACUUACUCGAACUGUCCUGACCGCGUAGCUCAGCUGGAAGAGCAUUGGGCUAGUAUUCCAAAGGUCGUAGGUUCGAAUCCCACCGUGGCCGGGCAUAUUUUUCAAGCUCGCCCGGUGUGGAUAUGCACUCAGAGUAACAUCGCAAACAUAUUAUUCACCUGAGUACACAACACCAACACAGAAAAAAAAAAAAAAAUAGAGUAUUGGUAGUUUGCUUAAUGCUGUGUGAAAAAUGGGGUAUUUGUAUUGUAUUUCAAAAUCUUUACAGAGGAUAAACAUUUCAAUAAUCUACUGUUAUCAAUGCUUAAUUGAAAGAAUGACUUCACUUCCAUUGAAUACAAAAAUACCCAAUUGCAAAGUUAACAAAAAUCACUUUAUUGAAUGCUUGAGAGCGCGCGAGCUUUUGCUUGUGCGACUCCACGAUUGUAAAACUUUCUACUGUAACUGAACUGGCUAAGAUGUACCGUAAAUCCUCACUCUCUCCAGAAAAAAAACAAGAAGAGUUCAAUUAACGAACGACAGCGAUCGCGCUUCUCAAAAUCCCAGGUCUGCAACGAUGGAACUUCAGUCGGUCCGAAUGAUGAAUCUUCUGAUUCCAUUAAAACCUUCUCUUCCUCUGUUUAGGGUGAUGGUAUGAUUCGUUAUUACGAGAUCAGACGAGAGGAACCAUUCUUGUUACGAUUAUCCGAGUACAGACACGCUUCGCCUCAGAAGACUCUGGGCAAGAUGAGCAAACGAGGUCUGGACUUCGGCCGAUGCGAGGUGUUCAGAUUUUACAAACUUCAUCCAAGCAACUGGAUUGAACCACUCCCAAUGUUCUGCCCAAGACGGGUAAGCAGUUGCCAUUUAUACAUUUUAUUGCGUUGUAACAUUUGCAAGUUGCAGCAUAGGCAGCCUGGUUUUGAUUGUGCAAUACAGGCAAUAGCUAGGCACGUUAAGGCCGCGUUUACACUAUGACGCAACGGCAAAUUUACCGUAGCGUAGUGAUUUGCAUCCGGAGUGCCAAACGUAGUGGCUUGUAGUUAAUACGCUACGGCAAACCACUCCGUUAUAGUGUAAACACAAUAUAAUUCCGUAGUUAAUACGCUACGGCAAACCACUCCGUUAUACUGUAGUGUAAACACAGUAUAGUCUCAAUACUAGAAACGCAGUAAAUUUUUAACGGAGUAUGAAUUUUUUUUUCUCUGUGUUGGUGUUGUGUACUCAGGUGAAUAAUAUGUUUGCGAUGUUACUCUGAGUGCAUAUCCACACCGGGCGAGCUUAAAAAAUAUGCCCAGCCACGGUGGGAUUCGAACCUACGACCUUUGGAAUACUAGCCCGAUGCUCUUCCAACUGAGCAACGCGGUCAGGACGGUUCGAGUAAGUGAUAUUUCGGAACAGUAUCUAGUUCCUUCAAUACCAAUAUGUUCUAGUAAAAAAAAAAAAAAAUUCAUAUUACUAGAACAUAUUGGUAUUGAAGGAACUAGAUACUGUUCCGAAAUAUCACUUACUCGAAUCGUCCUGACCGCGUAGCUCAGUUGGAAGAGCAUUGGACUAGUAUUUCAAAGGUCGUAGGUUCGAAUCCCACCGUGGCUGGGCAUAUUUUUCAAGCUCGCCCGGUGUGGAUAUGCACUCAGAGUAACAUCGCAAACAUAUUUUAACGGAGUGUUAGCCGUAGCGUCAUAGUGUAAACGCGGCCUAAAAUAUUUGACAAGAAUAUUCAAACUUUUAAGAGGAGAUUUUUUUGUAUGUUACGUAACACGCGCUCAAAACUAAUGCGUAUAAUAUAUCACUUGAGGUUAUGACUAACUUCAAAAUUUUAGUUUUUCGAUACGUUUCUCAAUCGGCAAACAAACUUAAAAAGUAUGUUUAGUGCUUUAUCUGUAAAAUAAUGUUAAAAUGAAGAGAUUUUAGAUGAUACGCCAAAGAGAAAAUGAUGCCAGUGAAGUUCAGUAAGUUUUGCUUGUAUGGCUGUAAAUAUGGCGUCAAUUUUAAACCAUCUGCAUUGAUAAUUGUAUUUUAAUUGACAAUUUUUAACUAUUAUUUUAUGUUUCUCAACCGGCAGAUGCAUUUAAAAAGGUUGCUAACUCUAUAAACUAGAGAAUAAAGCUAAAACAAAGUAAUUUUGAGAGGAACGCCAAAAAAGAUUUUAGGUUUUGAACACUUUUCAUUGCAAAUACGUGACAUUGAAAAAAAUUGCCUCUUAAUAAUGAACUGUCUGUGCCAGUGUAGGUAGUGUCAAUAUAAAUAAAAAGCUUUCGUUGAUAGGGAUGCAAUUACCUGAAAAAUAUAAGGAGAAUUUCGACGUUUCGAGUGAAGACCCUAUCUAAUAUUUUGUUGUGUUAUUUUUUUAGUCGGAUGAAUUCCAAGAGGACCUUUAUCCACCCAGUCCCAGCAUGCAACCUGCGCUCACGGCAGAUGAAUGGAUGAGCGGCAUCGACAAGAAUCCUAAUUUGAUUUCAUUCAAAGAUGGACACCAUCUUGGAGGCGGUCCGACGUCACCAUCCGGUACCUCAACAGCGGAAAAGUAUAACAAGUACGAUAUAUUUGGUAUUGAUAUAUCGUGGCUGUAUCGGACUUGUUGGAACAACCUUGCAACAAAUCUGAUAGUGCCAUCAAGCCUGUUACAAGUUGUUAACAGUUUGUUUGAAACUUGUUACAACAACUAGGAGCAAGCAGUGUGAAUAUACAACUUGUUGACGUCUUGUUUGCAGACUUGCUACAAGAUGUGAGAUUUUUGCAUAUGGGUCACCCUUGCUUCAAGGCUUCACUUAAAGACUUCAGUCACUUGAGCCGUGACUAAAGGCCAUGUUACAUGGUGCAAUUUUUCUUGCAACUUGCAAUGCAAUUCUACUCUUGAGAGAUGUAAAAUUGCCAAAUACGAGUCUUCAUUAUACUCCGCUGAUGUUUUCUCAACAUAUCGAAAAUUCUUCACUGAUUUCACUAAUUAACAUCUCUCAAGAGUAGAAUUGCAUUGCAAGAUGCAAGAAAAAUUGCACCGUGUAACAUGGCCUUAACUAUAUGACGAUAAAGUUUUUGAAAUUUGAAUGGCCUUGUAUCUACUAUAUUCACCUUGUAUUUAUGUUUUAUAACAAAUAUCUUCUCUACCCAUGUAGCAUGUUUAACAAACCAGCCAAGUUUGAAAAACAGUUAUCUAAAGGCGCGAUGUCGGUUUCAAAUGAUGUCAAUGGAUCACCAACAGCUGGGAUCUCGAAGAGCAUGGUAGAAGAAGUUCAGUCUGUAAACGAUGAAGAAAAUCAAAAGGUACUGUCAGGCUUUCAGAUAUUAUUGUGGGAGGGGGCGGUGCCUCCCCAUCCCCCUCCCCCUAGUGUCCGCUACCGCAUGUGGGACUCAGUAAAGCCAAUAAGUUCCGCACUAUCAAGCUCCAAACAAAACAACAGAACAACUUAUGACUUUAAUUUUUUCGUAUAUCAUUGUAGCUCCAACAACGAUGUGACGAUCAAGAACGAGAGAUAGCUGAGCUCAAGAGGACCGUUUCUCUGAAAGAUGACCGCAUUGCGAAACUGGAGCGUGAACUCGCAUCGAAGAACGCCGAAAUCUUGGACACUAAGGACGAACUUUCCAAGAAAAUCGAUGAGCUGAGAGAAGCGAACCAGAGAUUGAAAAUGAAAAUGCAAACAGACUCUACAGAUGGCAGACGAGGCGAAACUACGAUAGUCAAGAGCAGCCAGGUGAGCGUGCAAAGCAUCCCGGACAGGCCCAAACAGCUGGUACAGGAGUCCAUUACGUCAUCAAAGAAACGUCAGAUGUCCCUUGAAGACCAUGAUAUACACCGUGCGUUAGAUGAUGUCCAUAGAGAACCUGUGGGGUCUUCGUAUCGAGAUUCCGGUGGUAGAAAUGACCCGUUUUAUUCAACAUCCGGUAGUACCGGAACUUCGUACAGUGCAAACACCCGGGAUACCAACACCCGGGAUACUUACUCCGGGAGUACGAAUACCCGGGAUACUUCAUCCGGGAGUGCCAAAACUCCAUACAGGAAACAGGACUCGGAAGAAGAGUACCAUUUGGAGAAUAUCGAAGCAGAGCUCGAGUCGUUGCGCGAAGACCUGGCUCGCACGCGGGAAGUGCGUCACGGUAAAACCAACGUGAAAUAUGUGAGUGAAGAAAGUUCCCCGGGCCAUACCAGAACUGUAUCCUCUGACCGGGGGGUUGAUUCAAGCCAAAGAGGUGGGGGAGACGGCAAACGUAUGGUAAUCACGACUUCUUCACACGCUAGAGUACCGCGACAGGACUCUACGGAAUACAGGAGUAGAUUAGGUUCCCAAGAUAAAAAGGUCAGUAAACUCAUUCAAAUGUUCAACAUGCCUGAUCAGAAUAGAAAUUCUCACAAGCGCGCCAACAGCGGGGAUAGGCCGGCACGAGGUAAUAGAGGUCAGCGGUCACGCAGCGAACGCCCAAAAUCCGCGAUUGAUUUCGAGGCAUGGAAACGAGUAUUGAGUAAAAGUAACCAAUGGAAUUAAACGUAUAAUAACUGGUACCGGUAAUUAUUAAUUAGAAUUAAACAUGUUAAUUACCAACUGGAAUAGAUGUAUUAAUUAUACUAACUAGAAUGAAAUUAUUAACUGGAAUUAAAUUUAUUAGAACUGCCAUUAUUAUAAAUCUAAAAGCAGGAAUGAAUCGUAUAAUAAGAAUAAUCAUUGAUAUUAUUAACAACUUAUAUAGAACGAGAUAAAAUAGCAAUUGUAAAUAAUUCUUCUACUUAUUAUUAAACACAGUACUAGAUACUUAUUUAAUCGCAGUGUAAUCUUUAAUUAUAAAUUUAUAUAAACAUUAAUUCAAAUUUAAUUAAUUACAAUGGACGAUUAAUACAAAAUACGUUAGAAAAAUAGGAUAAUAUAAAAUUAUUAAAAUUAUUCGUAAAAUUUUGACUGAUAAUUGUAAUUCUGUUACGUUAAAUUUUGUGAUUGUUUAAAUGUAGUCUGCAAAACAUUCGUUCACAUACCUCAGCAAGAAAGCAAAGAGAAAAUGUAGAUGAAUCCAGGUUUUCCCAAGUCUGGAACAAGCUGUUAACAACUUGUAACAACCUUGUUGAUAUUAUCAGACUUGUUGCAAGGUUGUUCCAACAAGUCCGAUACAGUCAUGACAUAACGAUAUUGUUACAACCUUGUGUCAUCAACCUUGUAACAUUCUUGUUUAUCAUGAUUGUAUCAGACUUGUUAGAACAACCUUGUAACAAGUCUGAUAAUGCCAACAAGCUUAUUGCAAUUUGUUAACAGCUUGUUCCAAACUUGUUACAACAACUGGGAACAAGCAGUGCGAACACAACUUGUCGACAGCUUGUGAACAGAUUCAUGUACACACGUAAGAACGCACAAGUUGUUAGAGGUCUGCGAACAAGUUGUGACAGAUCUGUUCACAAGCUGUCGACGAGUUUUUUUCGCAUUGCUUGUUCCCAGUUGUUGUAACAAGUUUGGAACAAGCUGUUAACAACUUGUAACAAGCUUGAUGGCAUUAUCAGACUUGUUACAAGGUUCUAACAAGUCUGAUACAGCCAUGAUAUAACAAGAAUGUUACAAGGUUGAUGACACAAGGUUGUAACGACACCAUUAUAUCAUGACUGUAUCGGACUUGUUGGAACAACCUUGCCACACAAGUCUGAUAAUGUCAUCAAGCUUGUUACAAGUUGUUAACAGCUUGUUCCAAACUUGUUGACAACUUGGGACAAGCAGUGCGAACACAACUUGUUGACGGCUGGUUAGCAGACUUGCUACAAUGUAUGAGAUUUUUACGUGUGUACUAGGCACUUGUUUGCAGACCUGUAACAACUUGUGCGUUCUUACGUGUGUAGUAGUUGUAGAUUUCACGACCGCAUCCGCACUUAUAGCUGCAGUUAAAUACAAGUUGCUGCGAGCUUAUUGUCAUCAACUUGUUAACAACUUGUUACGUGCAGACGAUAUCAGACUUUUGGGGGCAACUUGUUGCGAGUCUGUUUGCCUCAUCAACCUUGUUACAAGAUGAUGCAAACUUGUUCCAGACUUGUCAAAAACUGGGAACAAGCAGUGCGAACAUAUCUUGUUGACAAGCUGUGAGGUUUUUUGCGUGUAAUUUUGACCUGCUGUUUUCAUUUGUGGUAUUUAUAGAGCGCUAACAACAAAUUUUAAAUUGACUUCAAAAGCGUUCGGUUCCCAAUUACCAAAAUAAAAGAAACAUACGCUGCCCACGUGCUACAACACCCCUGUGACAUAUAACUGAUCCUAAAAUUUUGCAUUCCAUUUUUUCGCUUUAGAGUUACUUGUAAGCGAAGAAGAAUUUUAAGUUGAAAAAUGUCGACCUGUAUUCCAGCGAUCUCGAAUGAAUAAAAUAAUUUUAUCGAGCGACCACAAAGACUCGACUUGAAAUACAAUACUCCAUAAUAAUUUUUUUUUAAUGUAUAUUUUAGGACAUGACAAAAUGUAUAUCCACCAAACCAAUAUGUAUUCUUAGGUGUAGAUAUUAGAAUUAGUAAAUAAUCAGAUGCUUCGUUAGUCUCGCCUAAUAAUUAUCCACCAAUUUUGUGGGUAGGAGACUAACGCUACAUCUACAAUCAAAAAGUGUAUGUAUGUUUUUGUAUU